ACUGAGUUAUCAGCAACAGGUUCCCUAACACUGCUGCUAAACCCCUACGUUAAAAUAUCUCCAACAAAUACUGCUUUCUGUGGAUACUGAACCUCUACCGUGUGUACAGGAAACCGUCCAGAAGUGGUGGAUAAUAACUCCAGGCCGCUCAGAAGCUCGGAAGUUGGAUGUUUUUGUGGCCGUGGUGAGAGAGAUGGCUGCGAGCAGUAGCUGAGGACGCUGUCGGGAGUUCCCCCGCUCUCUGUCCCUGCCACCUGCAAACAUGAAUGGUGGCACUAGCACAUGGGCGAUCACCCCAGAGGAGAGGGACAAACAUGAUCAGAAGUUUGACACCCUCUCCCCUUCAAUGGGCUAUGUCUCAGGGGAGCAGUCGAGGAAGUUUUUCCUCCAGUCAGGGCUGCCUGCUUCAGUUUUGGCUGAGAUAUGGUCUCUGGCUGAUAUGAAUAAAGAUGGGAAGAUGGACAGGUUGGAGUUUUCCAUUGCUAUGAAGCUCAUUAAGCUAAAACUUCAGGGUACAUCGCUUCCCUUAGCACUUCCAAUCAUCAUGAAGCAGCCUCCAGUGCCUGCCCCCACCCUAAAUACCCCUACCUCAGCUUAUGGGUUGAGUAGCAUGACCAUGAUGCCAGGGUCAAACCUUUCCAUGUUGGCUCCUCUCUCCCUGUCAACCCCUGGGCUUUCACCUUUGACCCCAAUGACGGGCCUCACCCCUAUGGUUCCUACAGCAACAGGCCUGAGCCCUCUAGUAGCCAACACCACCAGGCCAAUGAUGCCCACCAUGGGGAGCGCCACCCUGCCGAACGGCACCAUGGGAAUUUUCUCUCAUAUGCCAGCUGGAGCUUUGACAACUGGCCUACCUUACUCUGCGUCCCCUUAUACCUCCCCGCUGGCACUCUCCUCUGCUGCUCCUGCUGGUUUGAACAAGGCUUCCUCACUGCUGGACUUGGGAUCUAGCAGCUCCGCUUCCUCGUCCCCCUCUAUGAUGUCCCCCAUGGCAGCCGUUCCUAGCGACUGGGCUGUGCCACACGCCUCCAGACUCAAAUACAGGCAGCAGUUCAACAGCCUGGAUAAACUAAUGACUGGAUAUCUCACUGGUCAGCAGGUGAGAGGUGCCAUGGCAACCACGAUGCUGACUCAGACACAGCUGGCUUCCAUCUGGAAUUUGGCUGACGUUGAUAAGGACGGCAAGCUGAAAGCUGAGGAGUUUAUUUUGGCGAUGCAUCUGGUGGACGUGGCAAAGACUGGACAACCUCUGCCGCUGACUCUGCCAACAGAGCUGGUUCCACCCUCAAGGAGGGCUGCAGUGAAUGGAUCCAGCUCUUCUCUUUACGCUGCUCUGAAGGAUGACUUGGACAUUGAGCCUCCGCAGAAAGCCAAAGCCAACUAUUCUUUUGAGGAUAAAUUCAAAGCGAACCUGGAGCGAGGAAACGCAGAGCUGGAGAAAAGACGACUGGCUCUUCAGGAGGCCGAGAGGAGGGAGCUGGAGCGGCGUGCUCAGAAGGAGAGGGAGGAGCGAGAGAAGAGGGAGAAGGAGGCUCGAGAGGCUGAGGAGAGGAGGAGGAAAGAGGAGGAGAGGAGGCUGGAGCGACAGCGGGAGCUGGAGAGGCAGAAAGAGGAAGAGCGACAGAGGGAGAUAGAGAGAAAAGAGGCAGCACAGCGGGAGCUCGAGCGACAGAGGAAGGAGGAGUGGGAGAGGAGGCGACGGGGAGAGCUCAAGAUAAAGAGGGAGCAGGAACAGGAUGAUAUAAUCAGACUGAAAGCAAAGAAAAGAAGUCUGGAGAUGGAGCUGGAGGCUGUUGGUAACAAACACCGUCAGAUCUCAGACCGGCUGCGUGACUUUCAGAACAAAAAGAAACUUCAAAAGACCGAGCUUGAUCUGACCAACCAGAGGGUAGAAACACGCCAGCAGGACAUCAACAACCUGCAGAAACAGCUAGAGGAGUUCCAGAGGAAGUUGUCCCAGCUGACACCGGAGCAGAAGAGACUGACUGAGAAACUGAAAAACAUGGCUCUCAAUAACAUGCCUGUGUCGACCAUGUCCGCCUUGAAGGGGGGUGCUACAGAGAAAAAAGGGACAUGUAUGAAACUGAGACAGCAGCUGGAAGCUCUGGAGAAAGAAACUGCAGCAAAACUGGGCGAGAUGGACCAGUACAACAAAGAUGUGCAAGAACUUAGGGAGAGUCAGAGACAGCAGCAGGCAGCACUGGAGAAACUACGGAGCAUUAAAGAGGACAAACGCCGGGAGCUGAUCCGGAGAAAGGAGCAAGAAGAGGAAAAGAGAAGGAAGGAAGAGGAGAGGAAACGCCAGGAGGAAGACAGAAGGCAGAGGGAGGAAGAGGAAGCUCAGAGGCGUAUUAAGAUAGAAAAAGAGCGCCAGUGGCAGGAGAAACUGAAGAGGGAUGAGGAGGAACGUCAGAGGAAGCUCCAGGAGGAGAGAGAAGCCAAACAGAGGGAGGAGGAGGAAAGAGAGAAACAGGCUCUCAUCCAGGCUGCCAAGGAGCAGGCCGAACGAGAGCUCAGAGCAAAGGAGGAGGCAGAGCGCAAAAGAAGGGAGGUGGAGGAAAGGAAGAAAAGAGAAGAGGAGGAGAGACAGAGGCAAGCUGAGAGACGGAGGCAGGAGGAGGAGAGGAGGAAGCUAGAGGAGGAGAGGAGGCUGCUAGAGGUAGAAAGGAGAAAGCUGGAGGACGAGAAGAAGAAAGAGGAGAAGAGACGGAAAGAAGAGGAGGAGAGGAAGCGAUUGGAAGAUGAGCGGAGAGAGGAGGAGCGUAAACGAGAGAAGGAGGAGGAGGAGAGGAGGAGACAGAGGGCGGCCCAUGCGGCCGUCCGAGAUGGUGAGGAGAGGAGAAAACGAGAGGAGGAGGAAAGAAAGAAGAGAGAGGAGGAGGAGAGGAGAAAGAAGAGAGAGGAGGAGGAGAGGAGAAAGAGGGAUGAAGACAGGAGGAGGCAGCAGCAGCAGCAGGAGGAGGAAAAAAGGAAGCGUGAGGAGGAAAGGAAGAGGGCAGAAGAGGAGAGGAAGAGAAAGGAGGCAGAAGAUGAGAAGAGGAAAGUGGAGGAGGAGAGAAAGAGGAGAGAGGAAGCUCCUCGUCAGCAGCAGCAGCCAGGAGUAGGCACUAAAGUAGACAUUCAGGAGAAACUGACAUCUCUGCUCAGAGGGCUGGAGGAGAGGAAAGGGGGACAACCCAGAGCCACACAUCACAGAAAAUCAGCAGCUCUCACCUCCUUCAAAGCGCUCUACCCGUUCACUGCACGAAACAACGAAGAGCUCACUUUCAAUGCAGAAGAUAUCAUUGAGGUGGAUGAGACGACAGAGCGAGAGGAGGGCUGGCUGUGCGGCAGCAAACAGGGGAAGAUGGGCUGGUUCCCAGAAAGCUACGUUGAAAGAAUAGCUCCAUCCAGCACCGCUAAUAGUGCCGCUGCUUCUUCUUCUGCUCCUGCUGUAGCUCCUAAAAUGCCCCUUCAGUCGCAGCUGUCCAAUGCCCUCGAGGCUGCCAAGGUAGCAGGGACAAAAUCUGCCUUCACACCAACACACUCUCCACACCCUGCACCCCUUGAGGCGCACGGACAGCAGGUGGUGGGUAACGUGUUAGCCCAGGCACUGUGCUCAUGGACCGCGAAGACAGACAACCACCUGAACUUCAAUAAGGACGAUGUCAUUCAGGUGUUGGAGCAGCAGGAGAACUGGUGGCUGGGAGAGCUGAAUGGUGAACAGGGCUGGUUCCCCAAGACAUAUGUGACACUUCUUGGAGAAGAGGACAGUUCAGACACGAAGAGCUCACCUCCUGAUGCUUUGGACCCUGCAGACAGCCUGCAGCUCGAAGAAUACGUGGCGUUGUAUACCUACGAGUCUCCAGAGCCUGGCGAUCUCACAUUUGGAGAGGGAGAUUUGAUCCUGGUGGGCAAAAGAGACGGAGAGUGGUGGAACGGCUCGAUAGGCAACCGAGUAGGCCUCUUCCCCAGCAACUACGUCAAACCUAAAGAGACGGAUACAUCGAGCACAUCUGGAAAGAAGAAGCCAGAGAUCGCCCAGGUAAUGCGGGCCCACUCCUCUACAACCCCCGAGCAGCUGAAUCUGGAAAAUGGUCAGCUCAUCCUCAUCCUCAGCAAGAACGUCUCUGGCUGGUGGCUUGGAGAACUGCAGGCCCGUGGGAAAAAGCGUCAGAAGGGCUGGUUCCCUGCGUCUCAUGUCAAAAUACUGGGAUCCAACAGUGGCAAAUCCACACCAGCACCCCAAACAGUCUGUCAGGUGAUAGCCAUAUACGACUACGCGGCGGCCAACGGAGACGAGAUGAGCUUUUCAAAAGGUCAGCUGAUCAACGUCUUAGAUAAGAACAACCCUGAUUGGUGGAAAGGAGAAAUCAACGGGACCACCGGUCUCUUCCCCACCAACUAUGUGAAGAUGACCACAGCGGACUGUGACCCCAGCCAACAGUGGUGUGCAGACCUGAACAGCCUGGACUCUCUGAGCCCACAGGAGAAGAAGAGGCAGGGAUACAUCCAUGAGUUGUUGCAGACAGAGGAGAGAUAUGUGGAAGACUUGCAGAUAGUGCUGGAUGUUUUUCAUAAGCCCAUGUCGGAGUCGGGCCGGAUGAAGGAUGAAGAGAUGACUAUGAUCUUUGUCAACUGGAAAGAACUGCUGACCUGCAACACAAAACUUCUGAAAGCUCUACGUGUGCGUAAGAAGAUGGGAGGGGAGAACAUGCCGGUGCAGAUGGUGGGUGACAUCCUGGCUGCAGAGCUGUCCCUCAUGCAGCCCUACAUCCGCUUCUGCUCCUGCCAGAUCAACGGAUCCAUGCUGCUGCAGACCCGCAUCGACAAUGAGCCGGACUUCAAAAACUUUCUCAAGAAAAUUGCCACAGACUACAGGUGUAAAGGUAUGCCGCUUUCCAGCUUCCUGCUGAAGCCCAUGCAGAGGAUCACACGCUACCCACUGCACAUCAAAAACAUCCUGGAGUGCACGGCAGAGGGCCAUGCUGACAGAGGUCCUCUGAAAGAGGCUCUGGAGAGAGCAGAAGAACUUUGUCAACAGGUCAAUGAGGGCGUGAGAGAAAAGGAGAACUCUGACAGAAUGGAAUGGAUUCAGAGCCACGUACAGUGUGACGGGGCUGCAGAGAACAUGGUCUUUAACUCCCUCACCAACUGUCUGGGCCCCAGGAAGCUGCUCCACAGUGGAAAAAUGUUCAAAGCAAAGAGCAACAAGGAACUGUGGGCUUUCCUCUUCAACGACUUCCUGCUUCUGACUCAUGCGGCUAAACAGUUCACCUCGUCUGGGCCUGACAAACUGUUCAGCCAUAAGAACAACGCACAGCUCAAGAUGUACAAGCCCCCGGUGCUGCUAAAUGAAGUCCUGGUAAAGCUUCCAGAUCCCUCGAGUGACGAGCCGGUCUUCCAUAUCUCACACAUCGAUAGAGUCUACAUACUCAGGACUGACAACAUCAACGAACGGACGGCGUGGGUUCAGAAGAUCAAGGCAGCGUCUGAAGAAUUUAUUGAGACGGAAAAGAAGAAAAGGGAAAAAGCCUAUCAAGCUCGGUCUGUGAAGACGAGUGGAAUUGGCAGACUCCUCGUCACCAUCCUGGAGGCCACUGAGCUCAAGGCGGGGAAAUCUAACGGUAAAAGUAACCCUUACUGUGAGGUGACCAUGGGAGCUCAGAUCUUCACAUCUAGGACCCUCAACGACACUCUGAACCCCAAGUGGAACUUCAACUGUCAGUUUCACAUCAAAGACCUCUACCAGGACGUCCUGUGCAUCACCAUCUUUGAAAGAGACCAGUUUUACCCUGACGUGUUUCUGGGUCGGACAGAGGUUCCCGUGGCAACCAUAAAGAAAGAGUUGGAGAACAAGGGACCUGUAACACGUCGUCUUCUGCUGCAUGAGGUUCCUACGGGGGAAGUGUGGGUUCGCCUCGACCUGCAGCUCUUCGGCAACAAAUAGAAUGCAAGGAUCGUGGAGUCUUAAUAGAGAUACUUUCCUCCUGCAGAGAAACCAAAUAGGAGAAGCUGCUUCUUUUGUCACCUUAACAAACUCAGAUGGUUCCCCCCUCACAUGCCUAACACAGACUUAUAUAAACCCCUUGACCAUUUACUCACAUGAAGCCUUAUGUUAAUAUUAACCAGCACUAAUAAUACCUCCUAUGACAUCAGAAGACUCUUCCAAUAGGAAUAAGGGCUUGAGUGACAUCAUCCAAACCAACCAAUAGUAGUCAGAUUCAUCUUUGUUUCUGGUUCAUGGCCUCACAUAGAGUUGCAUUGCGGAUACAGCACAGCACAGAGUGUGUACUGUACACUGUCAAGUAGGGUGUGUGUGAAGCUGAGUAACCGUCAGAGAUGAUUUAGAAGCAAUUAAUCAUCAUUCAAUGAGUAAGAAGCUACAAAUAUUAAAGUCUAAGUUCUCUUGACUGAGACUCAGUUUGUCAAGUCCAGUCAACCGUGGUCAUAUAAAAAGCUGUGUGUUUUUCUUACGGGAUUUUUUUCAUACAGGUUUGUGACUGAUGGCUUUCAGGAGGUCUUUGCGUUAUGGCUGUCUGAUCACAUCAUCACAUCAUCUUCUCACUGAAGAGUAAACAAGACAUGACAAACAGCAACAAUCCAACAAGAAGUUUGUGGAAGGAGCUCUGCAGUCAGUUUGAUGUAGAAGAUCUCAGGACAGGCUGUCCUGGGUUUAGUCUUGUAACGGUUGCAAUGUUUUGUGUGCGUGUAUGUUUUUGCUCAGAGUCUUGAGGACGUGUAUCACAUUUAACAUUUAGUUCGAGGAAACGUGCUCCGCUGAGGGCUUUUGAUGCAUCAACUUCUGGAGUUACCUUCUGGCUUUUAAAGGAAAUCAUCUCUUUAUUAUUUCAAGAUAUUUUAAAACUGUAACUGUUCUUUGAGAUGAUGGUGGUCAUAGGAUAGAAUUAUAUGCUUUUUUUUUUCUUUCAUGCACAAAACCAGCCAAGGCCAAGUAGUUUAAGGGCAAAUUACCAGGAGACAAAGUGACACAGGUUUGAAAAGCUGCAUUGAUGAACGUUCAAACUCUUUCUCCUGCUGACUCAGCUGUUCCUUAUUUCUUUAUGAUGUAGAGGACGUCAAUACUUUGCAGGAACACAGAUUUUAAUAGCUAAUAGUAUUUUCCCACUUGGUCUUUUUCCUUUAUAUUGAAGUGUCACUGUCCACUCCUCACUUCACUAACCGCAAUAUUGUCCAUCUCUGUGUUCUCAAAAAGUUUCCCUUUCCGACUCAUCCACCAUAAAAUGUUACGCGGACACGGUGGACCGGCUUUUGUUUCUGUUGUGGAGUGAUGUGUUUUUGAUCUCUUCUGUCUUGUUUUAGUUCUUUGAAUCCACCUUCUCCUCUCACUCUGAGCGUAAAUGAGCAGAAAGGUAUUUAUUUCUUAAGUUAUGCGUGCGUGGGACUAUCCAGAGGUUUGGAGCGGCGUUGCCUGCUGUGUUAUCUUGGAUGAUCCGUUGUUAUCCACUGGGUUUGUCUUUGUGCGACGUCAAGUAACAGAAACAUGUUGAUAUUGUUUUGAAAGGCAAUACUCAGCAUCCAAAAUGAUUUUCUGCGGUUGACUUUUACUGUAAUGUACAUGAGGUCAUUAGUCAUAUGUACGGCCUGCUUCUCUGUCUCUUCAAUCAAUUCUCUUUAAAGUCCUGUUUUAACUUUAAUGUCUCUUUGUUUUAAUGUGUGCAAACAGACUGGAUUAGCUUCUUUUUAUUUAUAGGGGUGUUAAAGUGUGUCUUCUGUUGUAAUUAACUUUUAUUUUCUGCAGACGACUGCGGUCUCUUUAACCCAAAUGUCUGAUCAGCCUGGAGUCUGUAACCUGCUGUUUGUACUCACCUCCAUGUGGCACUCUCUGAAUCAGGGUUUCUUAAGUCAAAUUAAAGACAUUCAAAGUCAA